GGCCAAGUCAGGAUUUCAGCGGAGGGUGUGCUCAUGCGCCACCACAUCCUGGCCGGAGUGGAGUACUAAUGGGGUCCCAGCAUCUCCCUGCUUUGUCAGGAAGAAGAGUGCCUCUUUCGUAACGUUACCCCUCAAAGGCCUGUGUGGGCUCUGCAGGUUCCUACUUCAGUCUCUGGAAGAUUUGGAUACAAGCUUAAGGAAACUGAACUCUCGCCUGUUUGUAGUCCGGGGACAGCCCGCUGACGUAUUCCCAAGAUUAUUCAAGGAAUGGGGGGUGACCCGCUUGACCUUUGAAUAUGACUCCGAACCCUUUGGGAAAGAACGGGAUGCAGCCAUCAUGAAGAUGGCCAAGGAGGCCGGUGUGGAGGUGGUGACUGAGAACUCUCAUACUCUCUAUGACCUGGACAAGAUUAUUGAGCUGAAUGGGCAGAAGCCGCCCCUUACCUACAAGCGCUUUCAGGCCAUCAUCAGCCGCAUGGAGCUGCCCAAGAAGCCCGUGGGCUCCGUGACGAGCCAGCAGAUGGAGAGCUGCAGGGCCGACAUCCAGGAGAACCACGAUGACACCUAUGGCGUGCCCUCCCUCGAGGAGCUGGGGUUCCCUACCGAAGGACUGGGCCCAGCUGUUUGGCAAGGAGGAGAGACAGAAGCUCUGGCCCGCCUGGAUAAGCAUUUGGAACGGAAGGCCUGGGUUGCCAACUAUGAGAGACCCCGAAUGAACGCCAACUCCCUGCUGGCCAGCCCCACGGGCCUCAGCCCCUACCUUCGCUUCGGCUGCCUCUCGAGCCGUCUCUUCUACUACCGCCUGUGGGACCUGUAUAAAAAGGUGAAGCGGAACAGCACGCCCCCCCUCUCCCUGUUUGGGCAACUCCUAUGGCGAGAGUUCUUCUACACGGCAGCCACCAACAACCCCAGGUUUGACCGAAUGGAAGGGAACCCCAUCUGCAUCCAGAUCCCCUGGGACCGCAACCCCGAAGCCCUGGCCAAGUGGGCCGAGGGCAAGACAGGCUUCCCUUGGAUCGACGCCAUCAUGACCCAGCUGAGGCAGGAGGGCUGGAUUCACCAUCUGGCCCGGCAUGCCGUGGCCUGUUUCCUCACCCGCGGGGACCUCUGGGUCAGCUGGGAGAGCGGGGUCCGGGUAUUUGAUGAGCUGCUCCUGGAUGCGGAUUUCAGCGUGAAUGCAGGCAGCUGGAUGUGGCUGUCCUGCAGUGCUUUCUUCCAGCAGUUCUUUCACUGCUACUGCCCUGUGGGCUUCGGCCGCCGCACAGACCCCAGCGGAGACUACAUCAGGCGAUACCUGCCCAUAUUGAAAGGAUUCCCCUCUCGAUACAUCUAUGAGCCCUGGAAUGCCCCCGAGUCCAUUCAGAAGGCAGCCAAGUGCAUCAUUGGUGUGGACUACCCCCGGCCCAUCGUCAACCAUGCUGAGACCAGCCGGCUCAACAUUGAGCGAAUGAAGCAGAUUUACCAGCAGCUCUCCCGCUACCGGGGACUCUGUCUGCUGGCGUCCGUCCCUUCCUGUGUGGAAGACCUCAGCAACCCGGUGGCAGAGCCCAGCUCGGGCCAGACUGGGAGCAUGAGCAGUGCAGGCCCAAGAACACUACCCAGUGGCGCAGCGUCCCCCAAGCGCAAGUUGGAAGCAGCCGAGGAGCCACCGGGUGAAGAGCUCAGCAAACGGGCCAGGGUGGCAGAGGUGCCCGCCCCAGAGCCGCCGAGCAGGGAUGUCUGAGAGAAAAAAAUGUUUUUUGGCUCUUUCUACUUAUCAAAGUGAGUCAAAUCCAACAAAAAGAAAGCAGAGCCCCGGAGGUGAAGCUGUGGGAGAAACGGCCCCGGGGCAGGGUCUGAGGAGGCUCCAGGACCGGCUGCUACCGCGGACAGGCUAUGUCCCAUGGGCAGGCCAGCGGAGGGCAGCACUCACCUUCGGAAGAAAGGCAGAGGGCUGCGUGUGGCGGUAGGCCCAGCCCCAGCUGAGGACCAAUAGAGUCUGGCUGCCCCUCAUCUGUGCCUCUUAAAGCCACUCCUCCAUUCUCACCUUCCUCGUGGCCAUGGCUCUGCACUUCCCUGUCAGCACUCAGCUUGCUUGGAAGCCCCCUGAAUGUCAUUAAAAAAAACAAAAAUAAAAACUGGCUCCUUCCACAGAGGAGAAAGGGACUUUCAUGCCUUUCUUGGGGAAAUUUAAA